AUGUUCUUCUCUCGUGCUGCUGUUUUCGUUGCGCUCGCUGCGACCUUCGCGUCCGCUGCUCCCUUCCCGAGGGAUGCUGCCCGCGCUUUGGCGAGUGCUCGCGGUGUCUACGCGAGGCAGGAUGCUGCUGCUAGCGCUUCUGCCGCUGCUCCCGCGACCUCUCCCGCUGCUGACUCCGGUAACGGCGGUCUCUUGGGCGGCGAUGGCCUUGUGGGUGGUCUCGUUGGCGGUGUGACUGGCGCUGUUGGCGACGUUGUUGGUGCCGUGGGCGAUGUUGCAUCUCCCGUCCUCGGUGCUGUUGGCGAUGUCACCAGCGGCCUCGGCGUCCGCCAGGACUCUGGCCUCGUCGGCGGUGUUGUGAACGGUGCGACCAACGCUGUCGGCGACGUCGUAGGCGCUGUUGGCGAUGUCGCGUCUCCCGUUCUUGGCGCUGUCGGUGACCUCACCAGCGGCCUCGGUGUCCGUCAGGAGGACUCCGGCCUCGUUGGUGGCCUUGUUGGCGGCGUGACCAACGCGGUUGGUGAUGUCGUCGGCGCUGUCGGCGAUGUUGCCUCUCCCGUUCUCGGCGCUGUCGGUGGCCUGACUGGCCGUGACGACCUCGUCGGCGGUGUUGUCAACGGUGCCACCAACGCUGUUGGUGACGUUGUCUCCGCUGUCGGUGAUGUUGCCUCGCCCGUCCUCGGUGCCGUCGGUGUCAAGCGUCAGGAGGACUCUGGUCUCGUCGGUGGCCUCGUUGGCGGUGUCACCAAUGCUGUCGGUGAUGUUGUUGGCGCUGUCGGCGACGUCGCAUCCCCCGUUCUCGGUGCUGUCGGCGGCCUCACUGGCCGUGAUGACCUCGUCGGUGGUGUCGUCAGCGGCGCUGGCAAGGCUGUCGGCGACGUCGUCAACGCUGUCGACGAUGCUACCGCACCCGUCCUCGGCGCCGUUGGCUUGUAA